GCAACAACGAUGAGCGGCCGUCUCGCAUCCUUUCGUGGCCCUUCGACUCCCACCUCAUCACCAGUGCAGCAUAGGACAGCCAGCGGCAGCGUACCCUCUUCUCCAUCGUCUUCCAGAGUAAAUGAAUCGACCUAUCACCGCAAAACCAGAACCCUACUCCAAGAAUUACGAACUAUAACCGAAACAUGGGAUGAUCUCGUCCUAAUCGAUGGCUUAAAAGCUGCAAAAAGCCUUGUUGACACUCGUACGGAUCUCGACAAUGCGCUCUCACUCAUUCCCGAUCGUCUUCCUCGCUCUCGUAUGGUUACACCAAAGCUGGCUAUUAUGGAGAAACGAAUAGUUGACCUCGAAAAUACCAUCUCUAAACUGCAAAAACAAUUCAGAAGGAUGUGUGCCGUGAUCGAGAACUUUGAAGCCCUUGUCAUCGAAGCACACAAAAAUAAAGGAUGGCAAUGGGUAGAGAAAGAACCCCUGUGGACUACGUGGUCUCUCAACAAGUUUGCAUCCACCAUUCCAGAUAUUCUCGUCCCCUAUCACCGGUCGCUCAAUGAACAUGUCACUCUGGUAAACAUCCUUCGAAGUCACUCAACUCCCUUCGAAACCUCCCGAAUCGCCAUUGCGAAAUGGGCGGAGCAAGCUUGGCUCGAAGAUUCCAGUUGGGAGAUGCAAUGGGAGGACUUGUGUGCUGCAGAGGUUGACCAUUGGAACUCUUCCAACAAAUAAACGACAAGUAGAUUAUAGUGGGUAGUACAAACAACAGAGCAAAAACAUCAAACAUCCUCAUCGUCCGAUAUAUGUAUCUCAUCUGCAUUAGCCGCAACUGCAGCGGAAGCAUCCUCCGGCGGCUGGUACAGGGCAGUCUUCGUUGCUGCAACAAAUCCUCCUACCUGUCUCUCAGCGGCUGCCAUAGCAUCUGGCGCCUCUGCAAUCUCCACCUUUUUCUCCGCCCCAUUCUUAGCAGCGAUCGUCUGAGCGGCGAUGUAGUGUGCCUCCGUAUUGAACUGUGCCUGGACACUACGCUUGAUUCGAAGCAUCUCUCGGAAGGUGUCUUCUGAUCCCGUCUCGAUUUCGAAAUCGUUCCAUUCCUUCCAGAACUUUUCAUUAACUCUGGGAUCGCAGAAUUGAGAUGCGUGGGCGUAGAUAGCCCGUGCACGGUCGAUUUCACCGAGUUUGCGUUCCAAGGCUGCAAAUCGUAGACACAUUUCUGCGGUCUGCCGAUCAGGG